AUGGUUGCCCCUAAAACUUCCAAAGCAUUGAAAGACACUAAGCUCUUUGAGCCCAUCAAGGUCGGCAGAAACGAGUUCUCCAACAGAAUUGUAUUCGCUCCAUCUACCAGAUUCAGAGCUUUAGAGGACAAUUCUCCUUCUGAUCUUCAAUUGGACUACUACGAUGACAGAACCAAGUUUCCCGGUACUUUGAUUAUUACUGAGGGUACCGUGCCAUCUACAAAGACAGGCACCUACCCACAUGUUCCUGGUAUCUUCAAUGAAGACCAUGUUAAAGGCUGGAAGAAGAUCAACGACAAGAUCCACGAAAACAAGUCGUUUUCUUCCAUCCAGCUCUGGGGCUUGGGCCGUGCUGGAGACCCUGCUCAGGGUAAGAAGGAGGGCCAAAAGUACAAGGCUCCUUCUGCCAUUUACCAGGAUGCAGAUGCUGAAAAGGCUGCCAAAGAAGCUGGUAACGAAUUGGAGCCUUACACCACGGAGGAAGUUGACGAUUUGAUUGAGGAGUACGUCAAGACGGCCAAGAGAUCUGUCGACGCUGGAUUCGACUAUGUGGAGCUUCACGGAGCUCACGGUUACCUUAUCAACCAGUUCCUCGAAGCCUCUUCCAACCAGAGAACCGACAAGUACGGUGGUUCCAUUGAAAACAGAGCCAGGUUCGCCUUGACCCUUGUGGACCGUCUUUCGGAGGAAAUCGGUGCCGACAGGUUGGCCAUUAGAAUUUCCCCAUGGGCUAAGUUCUUGGGGAUGAAGAGUGAGGAGGACAAGGAAGCUCACCCAAUCGCUACAUACGCUUACUUGUUGGGCCAAUUGCAACAGAGAGCUGAUGCUGGCAAGGAACUUGCUUAUGUUUCCAUUGUGGAGCCCAGAGUUGCAGGAAAUCUAGAUGUCAAUGCCGAGGAUGUUGUUGGAGACAAUGGUUUCAUCAAGCUCAUCUGGAAGGGUAUUCUUCUCAGAGCCGGUAACUACACCUACGAUGCUCCCGACUUCAAGCAGCUUUUGGACGAUCUUGAUGACGGUCGUACGUUGGUGGGUUUCUCCAGGUACUUCAUUUCGAAUCCUGAUCUUGUUGCCAGACUCCACGACGGUAAGGAAUUGACUCCUUAUGAUAGAGACAGCUUCUACCGCCACGACAACUGGGGCUACAACACGUAUCCUCACGUGGCCGGCAAGGAGAAGUUUGACGAGGAGGCCGAAAAGGCCCGCAAGCCUGCUCCAAUCAAGGCAUAG